AUGCCGACACCCGUAUCUCGAGCCACGCCGGAUAAUAUGUACCCACAGGCGUUGGCGUCGCUGCACCGCGUGCGCGUUACGGGCUCCCAGCAAAUCCCCGACAAUGGCUCCUUGAAAAAAAACCUGUCCUUCCAAGUAGAAAAUUAUCUAUUGAAACUCAAAAAACCGCAACCCAAAUCACCAAUUCUCGAGGAAGGAGGCUAUGAAGACUUGCUGGACUGCUACAGCACAGACCAGGAGCCUCAGCGAACCUCAAUCUCUUCAUCAUUUACUUCAUCUGGGGCCAACACUCCGAGCAGUAGUUUUUCAUCUCCCGCCGGACAUGGCAGCCGUAAGCUUCAGACGUCGCGCAACUCUCCCAGAGCCCGGCCCGAGGAUGCUCGGGAAUCCAGGUCUGAAGCCAACACUCCGAGUAGUUUUUCAGCCCCCGCCGGGUAUGGCAGCCGUAUUAAGCUUGGGACAUCGAGCAACUCUCCUAGGGCGCGUCCCGAGGAGGAUCGCGAAUCCAGGUCUUCAUCAGGAUCGGAGAGAUCGGGAAUGAAGAUUUUGACAGCCGACUCUUACGGGAAGAGCUUCACGCGCAAAAGAAGCCACUUCCCUAUCAACACUCCUCUCGGCCUUCUGCAAGCUCCCCCCGUCCCUACAAGGACCGCCCACAGCAGCCCGAAUCGACGCGGAGGAUCGCUCGACUCUUGGGUCGACCAAAUCAACCUGGCCAAUAAAAAAUCCUCGCAAAACCAUGGCCCCGCACAGAAUCAGGAAAAGGACGGAGGAUCUCGCUUGCAAACAUCCGAACGCAGUCGCAAGCAGUCCGGGCCCGAACUGAGGGGCUGGACUAGUGCUGUCGACGACACAGACAAAACCAGAGGGUCUUCCGAUUUGAAGCUUUCCUCACAAGAACGGUCAGUUUGGGACGAAUGCGACCUUCUAGAAGCCUAUUCCUCGUGGGAUAGCGAAGGAAGCUCACGGGACUCGUUCUCCACGCACUACAACACCAAUGAUAAUGAGGUCAAUCUCAGUCUUAUAAGAACUAGCAACGGUCAGAACGGGAAGGAGACGGACUUGGACCAGACUGUGCAUGACAUGGGCCAGCUGUCAAUCUUGUAUCCCGACAACGGACUCAUGGACCCGCCCGCCUCGGCCAAAUCGGAUGCAUCUCACUACAGCAUCCAAUCCUUCGUUGAAGCUGCCUAA